AUGACAGAAGGGAAAGACAAAGUUAAGUCUACAAAAAGAAGAUCCAAUAGAGCAUAUCAGCACAAUGUAGUGAUCAAAUAUUUAAAUGAUAUAAUCCAAAAUCUUGGUAUCAAUGCAAUUAAUAACAUAGAUGAUAUACCAAAGGAAGAAUGGGAUUAUAUGUUCCGUAAAGAGAAAAUAGUCAGAGAUAACGUAAAAGAGGUGGCUCAAGAUAAACAAUCUCGUAUAGAAAGGUCACGUCAUGAAAGCAUCCAACUGAAAUUAUCAAAAAUGGAUAUAAAUAUACAUCAGAAGGAUUUGAGUUCUGAUCAUUCAAAGAUAUCAAAAAUUUCCUCUGAAAUGGAAAAUGAACAGCAGCAACCAGCUAAAAAAUUAUUGAAGUUAAACCCUCCAGUAAAUUUUUUGACUACUGUAGAAGGCACGCCAUCGAUUUUUCAUGAUAAUAUUCCAUAUUUUAAUAAUUUACAUUCCAUUCCACUAUAUAAUAACCCUGAAUUAAAUUCGAAUGUUCACAAAUAUUUAUCCAAAGUAGCCAAUGAACAUAGUAAAUUCAUGAUCGAUAUGAACCAUCAAGAUCAAGCAGAUACCUUGAAAUAUAUUCAACAACGUAGAAUGACUCCAAAUCUGCCAAUAGACCAUACAAAGGAUGAUAUGAAUCCACUGCAUUCGAAUCUAACGUUAUUUAAGCUGAUAACCCCAAAGAAUGAUAAUAUUAAAUUGAAAAAAAUCCCUCCACGUAUCGAAGCUAAAUUAGAUUUUUGGAAAUACAUCGAAAAGACAAUAUUAACCAUAUCACGUAAAAAUUCAAUCUUAUUUGCACUAGAUAUUGAGGGUUUUGAAUCAAAUCAAAAUAUUAUCACAGAGAUAGGUAUUUCUAUAUUUGACCCAAGGGAAAAUUUACCUGAAUUUGGUUUGAUGACGCCGAUUUUACAUAAUUAUCAUUUGAUUGUGUCAGAAUAUCUAACGCUUCGAAAUAAGAAUUUUUUAUCGGAUCUUAAAGAUUGUUAUUUGUUAGGCGAAUCAUUAAUAUUGACGUAUGAACAAUGCACUACUUUUAUUCAGUCAUUGAUCAAUUUUUACAUGGUACCUAAGACAGAGGAGGAUAAAACCUGGGGCCGUUGCUUUGUGGGGCAUGGGAUAUCCAAUGAUUUGACAUGGUUAACAUCAAUGAAUGUUGAAUUACCCUCAAAAAUGAAAGAUAUAUCCUUCAGAUAUCAACCAUCUGAAACAUUGGAGACUGCAUAUAUCAUUGAUACAAGUAGGUUUCAUCAGAUCCUGUACGGAGAUAUGUAUGGUAGUCUUGGCAAACUGCUAAAAUUGUAUAACAUUCCACAUUCAUAUAUGCAUAAUGCUGGUAAUGAUGCAUAUUAUACUUUACAGUUGUUGUUAACAAUUGGGAACUAUAAAUUUAGAGAACUACAUCAUUUGGAUGACUUAAAGUAUAUGUAUCAAAAAAUCCAUAUGUUACAAGAAAGAGAUGAUAUUGCCAUGCAUAAAAAUGAUAAUAGUGAAGUUGAUAGUGAUAUGAUAUCGCCUGCUAGUAAAUAUAAAUAUAAUAUACCUAUGACAAACAUUGCCUCAGUUAUUGAGUUUAUCAAAAUGAACAGCAAUAGUAAUAGCAAUUCAAACAAUAAUAAGAAUAAAAAUGGUCAUAGCAAUAGGAAGGAUACAGAUUUAAGGAAAAAAAGAGAAAACUUAUUAGGCAUAACACAAUUCCAUGGAUGUAGAUGGGUUUCCAAUGCAGGUGAGGGCUUUAAUAUAGUAGAAGAUAUAAAUCUGGAUACAAUGCCGAAUGAACAUGAAAAAAGAAUAGAAUAA